UAGAGAUCUGAUAAAUAUAUUUGCCACAUGUUUUCAUUUUUACGUGGCACGUGUGUGUAGGCCUGCAAACAGCUAUGGCGACUGCAAAGGAAGGCAUGGCUUCGAUUUUGUGGAAGGUGUUUUUGCUGUUGGUUCUGGUUCCCACUCAUUAUGGUGCAAAGCAGAAUGCAAAGGGGCUCAUUAUGGAAAUUGAUGAUCUGAAGGAAUUGAAGAAAACUCUCCGCACCAAAACUAACCUCUUAAUUAUAUUUGCAAAAUCAGAAAAAGCAAUGUCCAAUUCCAUGUCCUUGUUCACUGAUGUUGCCACAGAGAUGAAAGGAAAGGCAACUCUGGCAUUUGUGGACUGCAGUGAAAGCAAGAAGCUAUGUAAGAAUCAGAAGGUCUCCCCAAAUCCUAUGGAACUGAAGCACUUUAAAGAUGGCAGUUUCAACAAAGAAUACGACAGAAAAAUGGUGAAGAGGUCGAUGGUUAACUUCCUGUUGGACCCUACAGGAGAUAUUCCUUGGGAGGAGGAGCCUGACGCAGGAGAUGUUGUACAUGCCGACACACCCCAGAGUUUUAACAAAUUACUGAAAAAAGAAAAAGGUCCAAUGUUGGUGAUGUUCUAUGCUCCAUGGUGUGGAUUCUGUAAGAGGCUCAAGCCUGACUUUUCUGCUGCAGCAACAGAGAUGAAGGGAAAGGCUGUGUUGGUGGGUAUAGAUGUAGACAAGCCACAACAGAUGCAGCUCAGAAUGGACUACAAUAUCACAGGAUUUCCAACAAUCUAUUACUUCGAAAAAGGCAAAAAACUUUAUCUUUAUGGAGGAGAAAACAAUAAAGAAGGGAUUGUUUCUUGGUUGAAAAAUCCUGGGCCUCCAUCAGAGAAGCCCAAAGAGGCAGAAUGGGCUGAUGAGCCAUCAGAUGUCGUCCAUUUAACUGAGGGUAAUUUUAAUGAGUUCCUGAAGACACACCCCUCUGUAUUGGUCAUGUUUUACGCGCCAUGGUGUGGCCAUUGUAAACAAAUGAAGCCAGAUUAUGCAAAAGCUGCUGAAAAGUUAAAGGAGGAAAAUAUUGAAGGUGUGAUAGCGGCAGUGGAUGCCACGAAAGAGAAAACUGUUGGGGACCAGUUUAACAUCAAAGGAUUUCCAACAGUUAAAUAUUUCAAGGAUGGUGAAUUUGCAUUUGAUGUUAAUGAAAGAACAGAAGAAAAAAUAGUAGAAUUUAUGAAAGAUCCUAAGGAACCUCCUCCACCUCCACCCCCAGAGCCUAAAUGGGAAGAGAUGGAAAGUGAAGUAGCUCACCUUACUGAUGAAAACUUUAAACCUAUGCUCAAGAAGAAGAAGCACGGCCUUGUUAUGUUUUAUGCACCAUGGUGUGGACAUUGUAAAAAGGCUAAGCCAGAAUUCAUGCAGGCAGCUGCUAAACUUACAGAUGAUUCCAAGGUCCUGUUUGCUGCUAUUGACUGUACUGUACAUUCCACAUCCUGUACUGCUCAUGAAGUUACAGGUUACCCAACAUUUAAAUACUUCAAGUAUGGAAAGUCUCCACAAAAUUACAUGGGAGGUAGAGAGGAGGCUGACUUUAUAAACUUCAUGAGUGACCCACAGAACCCAGGGGCCCCUCCACCAGCUCCUGCUGUAGAAACCCCAGCCCAACAGUGGGCAGAAGUGGUUGGUAUGGAGAAUUUACGAUUCCUAACCACAGACGGCUUUGACAGUUUCAUCCAGGAACACAAUUCCGUCCUUGUCAUGUUUUACGCUCCAUGGUGCGGACACUGCAAGUCAAUGAAACCAGCCUAUGGAGAGGCAGCUACUAUUCUCAAUGAUCAGGAGAUAAAUGGAGUUUUAGCAGCAGUUGAUGCUACCAUAGAGUCCGAUUUGGCGGCCAGGUUUGGAGUUAAGGGAUACCCUACAUUGAAAUAUUUCAAAGAUGGAAAAGAAUCAUUUGAAUAUAACAAGGGAAGAACAACUGAUGACCUUGUCAGCUUUAUGAAAAAUCCAAGUGCUAAGCAGUCACCACCUCCAUCCAAAGAAGAAUCCUGGAGUGAUGUCCCAAGUGGCGUUAAACAUCUCACAGAUGACAAUUUCUCAUCAGUGAUGGCUAAAAUGGAUUCAGCCCUAGUCAUGUUUUAUGCCCCUUGGUGUGGACACUGCAAAAAGGCCAAGCCAGCAUUCCAGGCUGCAGCUGAUAAGUUAGCAGCAAUGGAGAAGUCUCGUGCAUUGGUUGCAGUUGAUUGUACUGUAGCCCAUGACACUUGUGAGAAAACAAAAAUAGAAGGCUUCCCUACUUUUAAGUUAUAUGUGAAGGGAGACUACCUCAUCGAGUACAAUGGUGGAAGAUCUGAAGAUGAAUUCCUCAAAUACAUUCUCAAUGCACCAUCUGUUAAUAAUAAAGAAGAAUUAUAACAUAAUGAAAUCCAAUUUUAGAAAUAUUUAUAUAAAAAAUAUAUGAAAUAAAAUUUUAUAAUGUCUUAA